AUGGUCGAAUUGAUAAGAUCGAGAUUUUGCCAUAAAUAAACAUCACUCGAUCUUGACUCAUAACGUACAAAUAGUACUGUCUUAUCACUGAAAAAUAAAUCCUACAUGAUGGAAUUAAGUUCAUAUGUUGUAUUUAUAUUUCUUAUUGUAGCUGAAGUGAGUGGAACCUGUUUGGACGGGUUUGAACACCAUGAUUCCCAUUGCUACAAGGUGGCAGCACUGGAAGCUAGCUGGAUGGAAGCCAAGAUGUAUUGUCGUCUGUUAGGGAGUGACCUCGCAAUCAUAGAUGACGAAGCAGAGGAAAUAGUUGUCGAAGGAAUGUUGGCUAAGUUGCAUGGUUCACACAUUGACGAAGACUAUUGGAUAGCUGGAACUGAUAUCAUCAACGAAAACUCGUGGCGAUGGAUGACAACUGAUGGAAGUAGUGUCCCAAUUACCUACACCAAAUGGGCAGCUGGUAGGCCUGAUAAUUUGGGUGGGAACGAAAACUGUUUGGCAAUCCAUUACCACAAAGGGCGUACUAAUUGGAACGAUUACAUUUGCAAUGCACUUCAUAGUUUCAUAUGCGAAACACCAUAUAACAUUGAACAGAUCGUUGGAUAAAGACAACAUCGUGAAGAAUUCUUGAUGAUGAUUCAAAGAAGAAACAUGAUAAUCUAAUUACAUUGUAGUAUCUUAUAUGUAUGUACAUAAAUGAUUAAAUAACCUAUACUUUCUUUUA